ACUCCCUCUCCCAGACACAGAGUCCGUAUUCAGAGCUCCGGGACUCGGCUGGAUGAGCGCGUUUGGAUACGGGAGGUUUCUGGAGAUCACCAAGUAGGGCAGCAGCGGAGUGCGCCCGCCCGCCCGCCUGGUUUAAUCAAACCGUCAAUCAAUCAGUCAGUCAAUCAACCAAUCAGCCGGAUCACAGCAAGGAGCUGACUGUCUCGUUCUUAUCCGCCUGCUUCAGAAUAUUUAAAUAUAGCGCAAAAGGUUGAUUUGAAACACUGAACAGCCGGGGCUGCUGCAAAUCGCGCGCUCUCGUCGCUCUCAAUGACAACACGGUCUCACACUGACGGAAACACUUCUGCCUUCGGAGAGAGAGAAAGAAAACCGCGGAGUCUGUUUAUGUCACGUUACUGCUCUUGGGACACUCUGAGUGACUAGUUAGAUUUCAUUUAGGCUAUUGAACAGUUGAGGCUGUCGCUGGAGUCGUGAUCAGCGGGAAUGAGACUGAGGGAAUCCGCCGCGGCUCGGAGAACUGGGCUGGCUCUCGCUCGGGAACUACAAGGCUAGAUAUACAACUUUUGUAUUUGACUUUUAUCUUCCGAAAUGGAGCGAUCGGCAUCGCUGGACAUCGAAGCGCUGAAGAUGACUCAGGAGCAGUACAUCCUGGCAUCUCAGCCGAACCCCCUCCAAAGGCCGGGAUGUGCUACUGUGUACCCGGUGGGGAUUUAUGGUUGGCGAAAGCGCUGUCUGUAUUUCUUCAUCCUCCUCCUCCUCGUCACCAUGAUUGUCAAUUUAGCAUUGACCAUCUGGAUCCUAAAGGUCAUGAACUUCACUGUGGAUGGCAUGGGAAAUCUCCGCGUAACCAAAGAGGGCAUCAGAUUAGAGGGAGUGUCGGAGUUCCUUCUUCCACUUUAUGUGAAAGAGAUCAAUUCCAGAAGGGACAGUCCACUGGUCUUACAGUCGGACCGCAAUGUGACAGUGAACGCACGGAAUAACCUUGGCCAGCUGACAGGACAGCUCACUGUGGGCUCAGAGAUGGUGGAAGCCCAAUGUCAGCGGUUUGAGGUGAGAAGCAGUGAUGGUGAAAGAGUCCUUUUCUCUGCUGAUGAAGAAGAAAUCAGUAUUGGCACAGAUAAACUGAGAGUAACAGGCAACGAAGGAGUUGUGUUUAGUCAUUCAGUGGAAACGCCACACGUUCGAGCUGAACCAUUCCAAGACCUGAAGCUAGAGUCUCCAACAAGGACACUGACACUGGAGGCUCCUAAAGGUGUUGAAGUGAACGCUGGAGUAGGAGAAUUCAAAGCUACUUGUAGGAAAGACCUCACUUUAGAGUCUUCAGAAGGAGAGAUCUAUCUAAAUGCAAACUCAAUCCGACUUGGAAAUCUUCCACAUGGGAGCGUGGACCCUUUGCUUGGCCCAGGAACAACGUACCCCAAACAGACUGUGUACGAGGUGUGUGUAUGUCCCAGUGGCAAGCUGUAUCUAUCUCCUGCAGAGAGCUCCUCCACCUGCCAGACCACCAACAGUGUUUGCCUCUGGAGCUGAGGAAGGUGGGUGGGCCGUGGACCACCCAGCACCAGAAAGGCCUUCCUUCACCUGCUCUCUCUUGCUCCUCUCCUUUUUCUUACACUUUCUCCAUUCUCUUUCAUUUCCUAACCCAAAUUUUUGUUAUGCUUUUCCAUCUGCCCAUCUGAGCUUCCAAUUUCUAUCUAUCUAUCUAUCUAUCUAUCUAUCUAUCUAUCUAUCUAUCUAUCUAUCUAUCUAUC